AUGCCAAAGUCAGUGAUGCUGCGAGGGGCAAUUCGUGGAACAUCCGAGGAUGGAGGAGUCGACGGUACCGGGAGGUUUAUGACCGGAUCUUGGCUACGGCUCCUCCCUCCCCUGGGGGUUCCUAGAUUCUCUUUCAUAACAUGGCUGGCAAUAAGGAACAGGUUAUCAACAGGACAGCGUAUGCGAACGUGGGGUAUAACUCAGGGUUGUGGCUACUGUGGAGAGAUAAAUGAAACAAGAGAACACCUGUUCUUUGCCUGCCCAUACUCCUACACGAUAUGGGAAUCUCUGGCAAGACCACUUGUUGGACGAAACAUCAACCCCGAUUGGGAAUGGACUGUCAAUCGGCUGCGUACUAUGGGAGGGAAAAGCCUAGACUCAAUCCUCGCAAGGAUGCUUUUCCAAACAACCGUGUACUACAUCUGGAAGGAAAGAAAUUCAAGGCGUCACCGGCAAGGAGGGAUACAGACUGAUCAACUAAGAAGAUUCAUAGACAAGGCGGUGCGAAACCGCAUCUACUCUUUGCGAUACGCUCAUGGCCACAAACUGGAAGGGCUACUUAGAAGAUGGUUCGAAGUUACUCUUUAG